AAUCGGAACUCGGAAUGAAAGGCCAAACAACAAGCCAAUACAUUUUCAGAUCUUGCUUCUUCCCCACUAAUAAUAGUCAGCUUUAUCGUUUAGCUUUUCGAGGCUGCAGAUGAUUCACUGCCCUAACUGUGCCUCACUAAUAUACUCCAUACAUAAUUCGUGUUAAUAUAAAUACUAAUCCUCUUACCCACCUCAUCCACCUGUCCUCUUCUUCUCACAUUCGAACAGAGAUCACAUCGUUUCUUGUUCUAUCUCUAAAGUUGACACAAACAUCUCAAACUUCACCAACCAAUACAAUACAAUACAACACGAGAACAGGAGAUAAUCUCAGCAAAGUAAAGGCAAAUCAAACAAAAAUGUCCAACCAAGAAUUCUACGGAGGUGGAAACCCCUACCCACCCCAUCAACCAUAUGGUUCUGCACCACCCCCUCAACCAUACCCCCAACAACCUCCCUACACUCAAGACAACACCGCCUACCCCCCAGCACCAAACUACGCACAAAGUUCUUAUCCCCCUCAAAAUCUCCAACCACCCUACGGCGCCCCCGGCCCCUCCCCAGCACACUCCCCUCACCCUACGGCGCCCCACCCCAACAAUCCCCCUACGGACAAAACCCCUACCCACCUCAUGAUCCAUAUUCAAACCAACAAGUAAACACCUACGCCGACAACCGCGGGUACUCACCUGCACCAACCCCAUACGGCGCACCCGCCCCCACCUACAACGAACCAGGCGCCAAUAUCCCUCCCCCACAACUCGACGCCAACGGACAACCCGUCGAAGGAGAUCGCGGACUCGUGUCCAUGGGACUCGGCGCCGCAGGCGGCUGGGGCGUAGGCUCACAAACCGGACGAGGAACAAUGGGCAAAAUCCUCUACGCAGCGGGCGGCAUGAUAGCCGGACAAUUCCUCGGAAACAAAGUCAAGAAAUACCGCAAAGACCACAAUGACCGCGAUGUAGAAUACUUCGAGGACGCCCAAACGGGAAGAGAAUGCUCGCCGCCAAGAGAAGGGGAGGGUUUACACCCACAACAUGCGCAGCAUGGAUAUAAUGGGGGCUAUAGGGAUGAGAAGUAUAGCGGACAUGGAGGAUAUGAGGAGGAGAGACACGGGAGACAUCAUGAGCAUGGUCAUGAGCAUCAUGGUCAUCAUGGUCAUGGCCAUGAACAUAGAAGCCAUUCGAGACAUUCUAGUCACUCGCAUGGAAGACACCACGAUGAAGAUCGGUAUUAGGGGGAUUUUGUGUGCAGGGUAGAAGAAAUUGAGAAAAAUAUGAUAAGAGAAUUCAUUUUCUGCAAAAACAAUAAGAAUUUGAUAUUCACUCUUAUUUCCUCUUCUUCUUUUUUUCCUGUUUUUUUUUUCCUUUUUUGGAAGUAAUAGGAUGACAGGAUUAGGCGUUCGGAUAUGCUAUUAAGUAUGUCAAAUUAUUAGUGAGGUUGAUCUGAUCGAUUGAAGGGAAGAUUUUCACGCGAAACGAAAUGAUAUGAUGAGAAGCAGGAUGCGAUAUGGUAGGAUAGGAUAGUUUUAAGAGUUAGUUAAAUAUCAAAACUUGCCAAUAUAUGAUGAAAUUGCAUUUUCGUUUUUUCUUCUCCAUCUUCAUUAUUUAUUUUUCAGUCUGAAGUUACACCGUGAUUUGAUAUCAAGGUACUCGUGGAGAAUAAAGGAGAAAACGAGUACAGAGUAAAAUAUAAAGUGUGCCUUGCAAUCUAAGGUAAGGCUAAACUAGA